UGUUUGACUGCCGACCGAGCCACCGUAUUGAGAGGCACAACGAAGCCGCAAUAGACUCGACAAUGCCUGGGACUGAAUAUGCUGUCAAAGACGGGAUUAUUUGUUUUCCGACGUGAUCUUGACAGUUAUACAUGUUGACAUGUUUGAUUUGCGAUAUUUACUCGAUAGAUAGCUAGGCUAUAUUUUACAUUUUGCUGUCACUGUCCGUGUUCCCUCUGAUUGUCCUAUUCACAUUCUCAUGGCGGAGACUAAAAUUAUAUACCAUAUCGACGAGGAGGAGACUCCUUAUUUAGUGAAACUGUCGGUUCCUCCUGAGAAAGUCACGUUGGCAGAUUUCAAAAAUGUCCUCAACAAUCGUCCAGUCAACAGCUACAAAUUCUUCUUUAAAUCUAUGGACCAGGAUUUUGGGGUUGUCAAAGAGGAGAUUUCAGAUGAUAACGCCAAACUGCCCUGCUUCAACGGGAGAGUGGUGGCCUGGCUGGUGCUGGCAGAAAGCUCCCAUUCGGAUGGCGGAUCUCAAUGCACAGAGAGCCACCCCGAGCUUCCGCCUCCUCUGGAAAGAACAGGAGGCAUCGGUGACUCCAGACCCCCUUCUUUCCAUGCCAAUGCUGUGAGCAGUCGGGAUGCCCUGGACGCAGACACUGGCACGGAGUCGCUCCUCAGCCAACGCCGGGAGAGGGAACGCGACCGUGCUCGCCGAAGAGCCCACAAUGCAGAGAUCUCCCGGGUCAACGGCCACACCAAGACAGAGCGCGCCGCUCGCGACUCGGCCAUGGGCUUUGACAGCGCCUCCAUGAUGAGCAGCGAGCUGGAGUCCAGCUCCUUCGUGGACAGCGAGGAGGAUGAGGACACCAGCAGACUCAGUAGCUCCACGGGACAGAGUUCCUCCUCUCAGCUCAUGAGACGACACAAACGCCGGAGACGGAGGCAGAAAGUGGCCAAGAUGGAUCGGUCGUCUUCGUUUAGUAGCAUCACCGACUCCACAAUGAGCCUCAAUAUCAUCACCGUCACUCUCAACAUGGAGAAGUACAACUUCCUGGGCAUCAGCAUAGUGGGCCAGAGCAAUGACAGAGGUGACGGCGGGAUCUACAUCGGCUCCAUAAUGAAGGGUGGCGCUGUCGCCGCCGACGGCAGGAUCGAGCCGGGAGACAUGCUCUUACAGGUUAAUGAUGUGAACUUUGAGAACAUGAGCAACGACGACGCUGUAAGGAUUCUGAGAGAAAUCGUCUCCAAACCUGGUCCCAUCAGUCUAACAGUGGCCAAGUGCUGGGACCCCUCUCCCCGCAGUUACUUCACUAUCCCCAGAGCUGAACCAGUGAGGCCCAUUGACCCCGCAGCGUGGAUCUCCCACACCACAGCACUGACUGGGCCCUAUCCACACUACGAGCUCGACGACUUGCCCCUCUCGGUCAAUAAGACGGACAUGGCGACCAUCGUGAAGGUGAUGCAACUCCCAGACUCUGGUAUGGAGAUCCGGGACCGGAUGUGGCUAAAGAUCACCAUCACAAACGCUGUCAUAGGUGCUGAUGUGGUGGACUGGCUCUACACACGGGUGGACGGCUUCAAGGACCGGCGGGACGCGCGGAAGUACGCCAGCAGCCUCCUGAAGCACGGCUACCUGAGGCACACGGUCAACAAGAUCACCUUCUCUGAGCAGUGUUACUACACCUUCGGAGACCUGUGCCAAAACCUGGCCUCUCUUAACCUGAACGAAGGCUCCAGUGCUGGGGGUUCAGAGCAGGACACCCUGGCCCCUCUUCCCCCUCCCGCCACCAACCCGUGGCCCCUAGGUGGGCAGCCGUACCCUUACCCGCCUUACCCCACAGCCCCACCCACCUUCCCGCCUGGCUACUCUGACCCAUGCCACAGCUUUCACAGUGGCAGCGCAGGCAGCCAGCAAAGCGAAGGUAGCAGAAGCAGUGGCUCCAACCCCAGCGCUGGGACCGGACGACGACCUUCUCCGCGGGACAAGGAGCCCAAGCUGGCAUGCGGGGGGGGCGGCGGCGGGGGUGGCGGAGGCAGUGAGUCAGAGCAGGGCACGUGGGGCGCCAGGCGGAGCAACCGCGCAGCCAGCCAGCUGAGCCACCACAGCAGCCACGCCCACUCCCAGUCCCACCGGAGCCACGUCCAAUCGCAGCACAGCUACGCUUUCUCCUACAGCCACGCCCCCUCUGCCCCCGCUGCCACCGGCGGCCUGCCCAAUCACCACCAUCACCACUACCACCACCACCAGGCCUCCUGUGCCCACAGCGAGCGGAGCCACGCAUCCUCGUACGGCCCCCCCGGCCUGCCGCCCCCCUACUGCCUGGCCCGCUACGCGCCCAAGGCUACCGCAUCGGCAAGUAACAGCCCCCCCGGGGCCCCCCCGGUGCGCGAGCUGUCCGACGUGCCGCCGGAACUCACCGCCAGCCGCCAGUCCUUCCAGCACGCCAUGGGGAACCCGUGCGAGUUCUUCGUUGACAUCAUGUAACGGGGGACAGUGCCUUUCUUAAAAAAACUAAAAGAAAAGAAAGAAAUCCUAAAUGAGCCGAGCACAAGGUAACGCUUCAGACACACAGCACAACCAGUCCCCAGCCCACACACACACACACACAAACAUUAUACAUACACACACACACAGAUACACAGACACACCCCUUUCUUCAGCAUAGGCCAGGACUCCGAAUGUACCACCCGAUUUCAUCAGCUUGUUUCCAUGCUCUGCAAUUAUGUGUCAUGUCAACAAAGCACACUAAGCCGUUGCACGGCAACAGUGUUUUUACCGCAUAGUAACAAAACCAAGUACAACACGCAGGUAUAAAGAAGUCACACCUGGCUGGGUUCUGAGUUCGCCAAAGUGGGUGUUGUUGUUUGCCAACCCAGUCAUCCUUUUCCAGGACAGACUGUGAGCGGUCUCCAUGUCUCAGGGUCUGGACUUCAAUCCCUAGACCCCGGAGGAGGCCUAGAAGGGGAAUGCUGUGGAGGUCAGCUGAACGUGUUUGUGUAUUCCAGCAAUAGGUUAUCCCACCCCAGCCUGGGUUGUGCUUUUCUUUUUGUAUGGCGAACUUGAGCUACCUUUUGAAAUAGCGGGCAUGAUUUUUGUACAUCUCAAAGGAGCCUGCCAGUGGUCCACUCAGUCAGUGGCCACACGGACACACUCGGCUCUGGGGGUGGACAAGGCUGCUUAAUUGCAUGACAGGUGGAGCUCAAGCUCAAGUCAAACUAUUUUUCUUAAUCGUAAGUGAUUUAAAAACCGGAGUGAAGAUUCUCCAAAAAUCCAUGCACUGGAUUAAUGUUCUUUUUUUUAUGUUUUUUUUUUUGUUUUGUUUUUGUUUGUUUGUUUGUUUUGCUAUUUAUGUGAUGUUGAAUUGACUGUGUCAUACCUUGUCCCAGUGACAAUCAGACAAUCAGACCUUGCAGUUUGCUGUUCGUGUCAGUGCCCAGGUUGUGGCGGCCACUGGUCCGCCAGUGCUUUGUGGAAUGUAUUUUUGUAGAAGAUGAAAUCAGUUCUGACACUCGUUUCAUACCUGUGACUUUCCUCCUCAACACUGACUUUAAAAGUCUUUUGCCAUAAAACAUCAUCAGUAACAUAUUAAAAACAAUAAUGCACAGUCCAAGGUGAUGCAUAACCCAUUAACAUCAAUACAAACAAAAAUCCACCACUUGCAUAUACUAUACCUAAAUGGUCAAACAUUGGAGUUGAAAUGAAUACCUAGAUGUCUAAUGUUCUUAAAGGCAUAAGGUGGGGAGAGUGAGAUGACCCCUGGUUGGUGUAGAUUGGGGAAUAUCUGUUGUUGUGGAGUAUACGUUGGUGAAACUGACAUGUCGUCUUUGAGCACACUUGGUCUGCAGAUGUAAUGUUCUCUUGUAUUUUUGCCUGUAUUUGUCACCCAAGGCCCAAUGGGAAAGAAUUGCAGCAUUCUUCUGAUUUGAGCACUUUUAAAGACUUUGGCCCUUGAGUAUAAAACACUGCGAUGGAAGCUUCUUUUUUUUUGGCUUUGUUUAAAAAAAGGAAAAACAUGACAAAUUGUACAUAGAAUUAUAUAUUAUAUAUAUGAGGAAUAAAAUAUAUGUAAUACAA